AAAGCCAGGAUAAAGAAAGGAAUCCAGUAACGGAAAAGGAAAAUGCUAUUUGAAGAAGAAAGGAUAUAAACAGGGAAUCACAUACUCUCUACUACUGCCCAGGAAAAAUGUCACGGCCAGCAAACAGAAGACCAGAGAACCCCAAAAUAAGCAGAGAGCUUUUUGUACUCACUUACGGCGCUUUGGUGGCUCAGCUGUGUAAGGAUUACGAAAAGGAUGAAGAUGUGAACAAAUAUUUGGACGGCAUGGGGUAUAACAUUGGCAUCAGGUUAGUCGAAGACUUCUUGGCUCGCUCCUCUGUGAAGAAGUGCCGGAGUUAUUCUGAAACGACAGACAUUAUUGCACAGGUUGCUUUUAAGAUGUACCUGGGUGUUGUGCCAACUGUGACUUGCAGUAAUUCCACACAGUUCUCCCUCGUUCUGGACAAGAACCCCUUAGUGGACUUUUUGGAAGAGCUGCCGGCGGGGAGAUCUUCACUUUGCUAUUGCAGUCUCUUGUGCGGGGCCAUUAGAGGUGCUCUAGAAAUGAUACACCUGGCUGCUGAAGUUACUUUCAUCCAAGACACUCUGAAGGGGGAUGAUGUGACAGAAAUUGGAAUUGCAUUCUUAAAGAAGAUUGAAACCAGGAAACACAAACGAAAUAAGUGAAGCCAUAUCUGAAGUCCCUGUGUGUGGACAGUUAAUAUUUUUGACCCUCUGUACCUGCCUAGAAAGCUAUUAUUCCUGAUCCAGAAAAGGCAUUCGAUAUAGAACCAUGGUGUGGAUGGUGCCACUUCUGGAUCAGGCCCAGCAUUCCCAAAUGUUUGCUGUGUAGGGCAAAAAACUACACCAACCCACAAGCCAACAUGGACAUGAAUGGUGCACGGUUCUCCCUCCUGGCUCAGCUGCAGAUGAGUCCAGGGUGUCUUGAGGGAAGGGCUGCCUCUCCUGCAUGCUUAGGUCAUCCUUCUCCACAUUCUUCAGCCAAGUAAAGUUAGAUGGGUGGCUAUGAGGCACAGGAACUGACUUAGCGGUGGCACACUCACUGUGGAACUCCCUGCUUCAGAAGGCUUAGCAGCCUAGCUAUUUCAUACUUAAAGAGAC